UCUCACCAGACAUAGUGUUCUUGUAAAAAGGGAAUUUGGAAGCCCACAAGGAAUCAUAUUUGGGCCCAUAUUGGGCUCCACGAAGAAGCCUGAGGACGGUAACGUGGCGGUUUUUAGGGUUUGGGUAAAUCUGAUCCAAAUUGCAGUUACUUGUCUAGUAACAGAGUUUGGGAGGGAGCUCUCUCUCUCUCUCUCUCUGUUUGGGUUUUAUUCUCUGUCAUAGAUCUCCACUGGGGUACUGCUUCUAUCUUCUUUACUAUUUCAACGUCGUAAUUCAUCCAAAUCCUCAGAACCCAUUCUUUGGGAGUGGUGAGCAUAUUUUGUUUAUCUGCUUCCUACAACAGUACCCAAUUCCAUCAUACUAAUUGCCUAAGUACCCAAUUGUGUUUCUUACUCCAUGCCUGCUAUGAUGAAGAACUCUGAAGGCAAUCACAUUGGGAAUGUGUUCAACAAGUUGCUCAAGGAUAUAGGAAGCCCUGUUGAUUUUAGGCUCCCUGAUUACUUAUAUAAAACAAGACUAUUUCCAACAUAUACUUUUAUAAAGCGCAAUAUAUAUCUCACCAAGAAAAAGAAGAUUAAAAGACGACUAGAAGAUGAUGGUAUAUUCUGUUCAUGCGGUCCUUCACCAGAAUCUUCGGUGUGCGGUAGAGAUUGUCACUGUGGAAUGCUUCUGUCUAGCUGCUCAUCAGGUUGUAAAUGUGAUAGUUCCUGCAUUAACAAACCAUUCCAGAACCGAACUGUGAAGAAAAUGAAACUUGUGCAGACUGAGAAAUGUGGUUAUGGAAUUGUGGCCGAUGAAGAUAUAAGUCAAGGAGAGUUUGUUAUAGAAUAUGUUGGAGAAGUUAUCGAUGAUAAAACUUGUGAAGCAAGGCUUUGGAAUAUGAAACACCGUGGAGAAACAAAUUUUUACUUGUGUGAGAUUAACCGAGAUAUGGUUAUUGAUGCCACUUACAAGGGAAACAAGUCAAGAUAUAUUAAUCAUAGCUGUUGUCCCAAUACCGAGAUGCAAAAAUGGAUAAUUGAUGGUGAAACAAGAAUUGGCAUAUUUGCGACACGUGACAUAAAGAAGGGCGAGCAUCUCACCUAUGAUUAUCAGUUUGUGCAAUUUGGUGCAGAUCAAGAUUGCCAUUGUGGUGCAGUAGGCUGCAGACGAAAAUUGGGUGUAAGACCAACCAAACCUAAAAUGUCAUCGGAUGCUGCAUUGAAACUAGUAGCAUGCCAGGUUGCUGUGUCUUCACCCAAAUUAAAGGCAAUUUUAUCUGCAAAUGAUGUUUACCAGAACGGAGACCUGCAUAUAGGAAGUUCCCGGCGUGGUCUUAAGCAAGGAAGUUGUUCUUACAAUUGCAUUGGUCGAGUGGUUAUGAUAAGUCACCCUAUGGAUACUAGGUCAUUUGGGAUUAUUAAACGGUUUGAUCAAUAUUCCAAAAAACACUUGAUCAUGUAUGAAGAUGGUGUUAGUGAAUUUCUUGACAUGUCAAAGGUAGACUGGGAACUUUUACCACAAUAAUGGCGAGUACAAAUGCUUGGCUUUUUUUCCCCUCGUGCUUUGAGGAUUGAAGGGCUUUGUUGAAGCAAAAACAUCAUGGAUGAUAUGUAUCCAUCGUAACGUGUUUGAGUCCAUAUCACGUGAUGUUGUCUAUGUCUGUGUUGAGCAUUCUAUUUUUGCUGGAAUAGCAACCCAAGUUUGUGAAGCUUGGUAUAGGCAUAUGGAUCUCUUCUGUGGUGUAAAACUGGAGGAAUGUAGGCUUGGAGAAUUUGUAACAAUGUACCAAUAUUGAUACCCUGUUGCUGACUGCUGAAGUGUUUGUUAGUCUCAUAAAGCAGUGUAUUUUUGUCCUAGAAGAAUGCUAUUGUAUUAAAUCAUUAUUUUUCAUACCAACUGUUCAUACCAAGUAAACUCUUCUUGCUUC